AUGACCUUACAGUAUACUGCGGUAGCAGGUGUGAUAUUUUUGAUGUUUUAUAAAAUGCAUUUGCUGGAAAGUCGUCGUAUCGAAUUUACCAAUAUAAAAUGUACUUCUGCAGACGAACAAUUCUGUGAUUUUGAAUAUUGCUUUCUGAAAGCUGCGAAUCGCACUUACAAAUACUUAUCACUCAAGGUCCGGCUCCAUAAGAUACCAAUACAUCAAUUUACGGUGAAUCUGGCAUUACGCAAGCGAUCAAAUGGCCUAUCGCCCAUUAACCAAAAUAUAACUUUUGACGGUUGUAAGAUGGUAGCAGAUACCGGAAAUAGCAUGAUUUCAUUUCUCUUUUCCUUGUUUAAGCCCUAUUCAAACAUCAACCAUUCCUGUCCCUACAAUCAUGAUCUGGUUGUGGAUAAGCUGCCCACCCACUUUAUACACCAACAGUUCACCAAAUAUGUUCCGUUGCCGGAAGGCGAUUAUGUAUUCAAUAGCAACUGGAUUUCAAAUGACACAAAUCGAGCCACUGUUAGGGUUCACUUAUCGUUUACGUAAUGUAAUAAAAUAAAUGCUUUA